GUAACAUGCAUUUCACAGUGGCCUUCUGGAGACAACGCCUUAACCCAAAGAAGUGACUUGAACAGUGAGAACUUCAGGUUUGCUGUCCUAUUGGUGGUAUGUCUGACAGUGAAUCACAGCUUGGUUCAAUGGGUAGCCUGACCAUGAAAUCACAACUUCAAAUCACUGUCAUCUCAGCAAAACUUAAAGAAAAUAAAAAGAAUUGGUUUGGACCAAGUCCUUAUGUGGAAGUGACAGUAGAUGGACAGUCAAAGAAGACAGAAAAAUGCAAUAAUACGAGUAGCCCCAAAUGGAAGCAGCCACUUACAGUUAUCGUUACCCCUGUGAGUAGACUAUAUUUUCGUGUGUGGAGUCACCAGACACUGAAAUCUGAUGUUUUGUUGGGAACUGCUGCAUUAGAUGUUUAUGAAACAUUAAAGUCCAACAAUAUGAAACUUGAAGAAGUGGUUGUGACUUUGCAGCUUAUAGGUGACAAAGAGCCAACAGAAACAAUAGGAGACUUGUCAGUCUGUCUUGACGGGCUGCAGUUAGAGGCAGAAAUUGUGACUAAUGGGGAAACCACGUGUUCAGAAAGUGCUUCACAGAGUGAUGAUGGCUCUAGAUCCAAGGAUGAAACAAGAGUGAACACAAAUGGAUCGGAAGACCCUGAAGAUGCAGGGUCUGGUGAAAAUAGGAGAGUCAAUGGGAACAAUUCUCCAUCACUGUCAAAUGGUGGGUUCAAACCUUCUAGACCUCCGAGACCCUCACGACCACCUCCACCCACCCCUCGUAGACCAGUAUCUGUCAAUGGUUCACCGUCUGCCACUUCUGAAAGUGAUGGAUCUAGUACAUGUUCUCUGCCACCAACAAACACAAAUACAAAUACAGCUGAAGGAGCAACGUCUGGAUUAAUAAUUCCUCUUACUAUAUCUGGAGGCUCAGGCCCUAGGCCAUUAAAUCCUGUAACUCAAGCUCCCCUACCACCUGGAUGGGAACAAAGAGUGGACCAGCAUGGGCGAGUUUAUUAUGUAGAUCAUGUUGAAAAAAGAACAACAUGGGAUAGACCUGAACCUCUACCUCCUGGUUGGGAACGGCGGGUUGACAAUAUGGGACGUAUUUAUUAUGUUGACCAUUUCACAAGAACAACAACAUGGCAGAGGCCAACAUUAGAAUCUGUCCGGAACUAUGAGCAGUGGCAGCUACAACGCAGUCAACUGCAAGGAGCAAUGCAGCAGUUUAACCAGAGGUUCAUUUAUGGGAAUCAGGAUUUAUUUGCUACAUCACAAAAUAAAGAAUUUGAUCCCCUUGGUCCUUUGCCACCUGGAUGGGAGAAGAGAACUGAUAGCAAUGGCAGAGUGUAUUUUGUCAAUCACAACACUCGAAUUACACAGUGGGAAGACCCCAGAAGUCAAGGUCAACUAAAUGAAAAACCCUUGCCCGAAGGCUGGGAAAUGAGAUUCACAGUGGAUGGAAUUCCAUAUUUUGUAGACCACAAUAGAAGAACAACCACCUAUAUAGAUCCCCGCACAGGAAAGUCUGCUCUGGACAAUGGACCUCAGAUAGCCUAUGUUCGGGACUUCAAGGCAAAGGUUCAGUAUUUCCGAUUCUGGUGUCAGCAACUGGCCAUGCCACAGCACAUAAAGAUUACAGUAACAAGGAAAACAUUAUUUGAGGAUUCGUUUCAGCAGAUAAUGAGCUUCAGUCCCCAAGAUCUGCGAAGACGUUUGUGGGUGAUUUUUCCAGGAGAAGAAGGUUUAGAUUAUGGAGGUGUAGCAAGAGAAUGGUUCUUUCUUUUGUCACAUGAAGUGCUGAAUCCAAUGUAUUGCCUGUUUGAAUAUGCAGGGAAGGAUAACUACUGCUUACAGAUAAACCCCGCUUCUUACAUCAAUCCAGAUCACCUGAAAUAUUUUCGUUUCAUUGGAAGGUUUAUUGCCAUGGCUCUGUUCCAUGGGAAAUUCAUAGACACGGGUUUUUCUUUACCAUUCUACAAACGUAUCCUGAACAAACCAGUUGGACUUAAGGAUUUAGAAUCUAUCGAUCCAGAAUUUUACAAUUCUCUCAUCUGGGUUAAAGAAAACAAUAUUGAGGAAUGUGGUUUGGAAAUGUACUUCUCCGUCGAUAAAGAAAUUCUAGGUGAAAUUAAGAGUCAUGAUUUAAAACCCAACGGUGGCAAUAUUCUUGUAACAGAAGAAAACAAAGAGGAAUACAUCAGAAUGGUAGCUGAGUGGAGGUUGUCUCGAGGUGUUGAAGAACAGACACAAGCUUUCUUUGAAGGUUUUAAUGAAAUUCUUCCCCAGCAGUAUUUACAAUACUUUGAUGCAAAGGAAUUAGAGGUCCUUUUAUGUGGCAUGCAAGAGAUUGAUUUGAAUGACUGGCAAAGACAUGCCAUCUACCGUCAUUAUACUAGGACAAGCAAACAAAUCAUAUGGUUUUGGCAGUUUGUUAAAGAAAUUGAUAAUGAGAAGAGAAUGAGACUUCUGCAGUUUGUUACUGGAACCUGCCGAUUGCCAGUAGGAGGAUUUGCUGACCUCAUGGGGAGCAAUGGACCACAGAAAUUCUGCAUUGAAAAAGUUGGGAAGGAAAAUUGGUUACCCAGAAGUCAUACCUGUUUUAACCGCCUGGACCUCCCACCCUAUAAGAGCUAUGAGCAACUGAAGGAAAAGCUGUUGUUUGCCAUUGAAGAAACAGAAGGAUUCGGACAAGAGUAACUUCUAAGACUUUGCACCACCAAUGGAUAAGAACUUAUUUGCAGUGUUUGUCCUUUUCCUUCUCUGCCUGUUGCACAUCUUGUAAAAUGGGGCUGUGACGGUUUAGAACGUUACCUGAGUGUAAGUAAAUUAAUGUUAUCACUGAAAUUUAUCUCCCAGUGAUUCUGGAUUUCUACUCAACAUUUACAGAAACAAAUCUACAACUAGUCAGAACCUUACUUAAUAUGAGAUUUAACACUGCAAUGAAAUCUGCAUUGUCUUAUUCCACUAGAUUGUUUCCUUAACAAUUUUGUAUGUGUCAAAAGUCUCACUUCGAAGCAGGCUUUUUUCUUUCAGAGAUUCUGCAAAUGUACAGGGAAGUCUUUCAGGAACUGCAAUAUACAAGAUCUUCCUGUUAAGCCUCUUGUUGAGAGGUAUUUAAUAAAAGUGCAAGCUUAGCCCAGCUUUUGGGCACGUGAGCAGACUUCUGGCUUGUGCUCUCCCUCUCAUUUAAGUCUGGCAUGACUGUUGUUUUCCUUCCUGGAGCAUGAAUCCACGCAUCGUUUUGAUGUUAUUCCCGGAAGUGAUGCAAGACUUACAUCUCUACAAAGCAGUUUUGUCUUUGAAUUCAGGGAAAAGUAGGUUCCAGCUGGCAAAUGACUUCAUACCUCUCCUCAUUUGGAAAUUUGUUUUAAUUGCCUUGCAAAUAGUGUAAACAAUAUUAACACUGUGGUUAUUCAAUGUUUUUAAAAGUUAAUUGGAGUUAAUUCAGCUGAAUUCAUCUAAGGCGAUUAUUAAUGACUUUUGUAUGAUCCUAUACAUAAAUUGAAACUUUAUAAUUUUGUCAGUCUAACAACUUCAGUUGUAUUUAAUUAUUGCUAAGAAGUUUAAGUUGUAACUAGAAUAUUUCCUAGUUCAAAUAGAGGUCAGUGAAACAGCCUUUGAAGUCAGCCUUUGAAAUAUGGGAGUGAGAGCUGUGGUGCUGGUUAGAAAGAAGGGAAGAUAAUACCUAGUAAGCACAGAAAUGUAUUCUGGCUAUGAAUUAAAAUCUUCAGAUUUGCUAUUUCUCUGACACAUGUUGGAGUAGUCCUUUCUAUUCUUUACAUUGUCCUGAAUUGGUAUUCCUCAUCUGCAUUAUUCUUUUCACCCUAAAAAUUUUAGCAGGUUUCCUUUAUUUCCCUAUGACUAGUUUUUUUUAAAAACUGCUCCAUUAGUAACUAAUUAAUGCACUUUGGCCUUCUUUGUAGUUAAUUUAUUUAACUUGGCCUACUAUAGAUUGUCAGGAUGGCUGCUAUCAUAGAUUUGACUUCAUGGGUAGUGAGAGGAAGCUAAGCCAGCUGAGUCCCUAUCAUAGCCAAACCCUGAAGAUAGCCUUAUAACUCAUGUAACAGGGACCUUGGCAUGUUUCAGUAGUGUAGCGUGAACAAGUAGCAUUAGGCCAAGAAUACACAGCAAGUAGCAGGCCCCUGUUCUAUAUGGAAAGAAAAUGUUUUUACAUCACCAUCUGCUCUUCCUAUUUAUAUCCUAGAACAAGAAAAACAUUUUUUAACUUGUGUAUCUGUGCUCUUUGACACUGCCAUCAUAAAGCAGAGACUUGUGUGAGUAAAAAGGUUGUCUCGUUCAAAAAUUAUCAGUGUAAAGGGGGAGAUUAAGAUUUCCCCAACUGUUUUUUAUUCCACAUACCCUAGGAAAUGUAGUGUGAGCUCUAAAAGCCCCAGUUUCCAAAGUAGGGAUUCUCUGCCUUUUUGUUGGUAGGGUAAAAAAAAAAUGCUAUUGCUUUGUCUUACAGAGCGAAUGUCUGCCAACUACCCAUUCAUUAUGUAAGUCUGAACUUUGGUAAUACAUGGCUGUGAAGAUUAAGCCUUCUAUAAACACAUCCUAUUGGGCAAAUUCUCAUAAUGAAAUGUAGUUACCUAUAAUAUUUGCUAGAGAUUUAUAAGAUUAAAUUAAGAGAUAAUGUAAGAAAAUAGGCUUUUUGGUUCUACAUAAUGCUUCAUGAUUCAUUUAGGGACCUAGAAAUAUUGUGUGAAAAUGUACAAAUAUUACCUAAAAGGCUUUCUGCCCUAUAUUUUUAAAAUACAGAAUAGUUAUAUUUGAAGUAGUCCUGGCCCUAGUUCUAUAGGGCUUGGCUAUUUAAUAUUUUUAUGAAAGAAAUGUUUAGUUCUGGAAAAGGUAAAUGCUUGUAUAUAUUUUUGCAGUCCAGGAUCUCCCAACUCUGUUUCUUCCUUUAAUUUAAGUGGCCACAUGUAUAUGUCUUCCCUGCUGUUAGAAAAAUGGGGGCUGGAUAUCCCAAGAAUCAGAGGUUAUAUAAAAAAUAACUACAAAUAGACAACAGACAUAAAUAUCUACAAAUGCUAUCUUAAAUUUUGGUCUAAACUGAACAUUUGGAAAUAGAUUUAUUGUAAGUGUUUAAUUAGAGCUUUUUCUUAAAUCUGAACUAAGUUGCUUUUAAGGUCCUUUUUCUUUGUAAGCAUUGUAAAUGCUAAUAAAUCUUGUUGAUUUUUUUUUUUUACUGCAUGUUAUGUUGAAAUAAAAACAAAUUAAAAUGA